CAUGAAGGUCACUAAAUGGAUAAAAGCUAAAUGUGGUAUUUCUGAAGUGCAGACACGAGAAGUGAAAAGAGGUGUGGGGGCAGUGAAGGAGGACAGGAGAAACCAGGUAGGCCAACACUCAUGACCUGGUGAAAGCUCGGGGUGAUGAUGUUCUGCAAGAAGAAGAAGAAGCUGCUUGAAGUGGAGCGGGUGGUGAAAGCCAAUGACCGUGACUUCAAUGAGACGUACCAAUAUGCAGACAAUCGUAUCAAAACAUCCAAGUACAACAUUCUCACAUUCUUGCCAAUUAAUUUAUUUGAGCAGUUCCAAAGAGUGGCGAAUGCCUAUUUCCUUUUCCUGCUCAUACUACAGCUCAUUCCAGAAAUCUCUUCCCUGACGUGGUUCACCACCAUCGUGCCACUAGUCCUGGUGAUCUCGAUGACAGCUGUCAAGGACGCCACCGAUGACUAUUUUCGUCACAAGAGCGAUAAUCAAGUGAAUAACCGGCAGUCUGAAGUGCUCAUUGAUAGCAAACUGCAGAAUGAAAAAUGGAUGAACGUUAAAGUUGGAGACAUCAUUAAAUUAGAAAAUAACCAAUUUGUUGCUGCAGACUUGCUGCUCCUGUCAAGCAGCGAGCCACACGGCCUCUGCUACAUUGAGACAGCGGAGCUUGAUGGGGAAACAAACCUGAAAGUUCGUCAAGCACCACCUGUCACCUCAGAACUUGGUGCAAAUAUUAGCAGCCUUGCAAAUUUUGAUGGGAUCGUCGUCUGUGAGGCACCUAACAACAAGCUAGACAGAUUCUCUGGGGUCCUCUCUUGGAAGGACAGCAAGCACACGCUCGGCAACCAGAUGAUAAUCCUGAGAGGCUGCAUCCUGAGAAACACCAGCUGGUGCUUUGGAAUGGUUCUUUUCGCAGGUCCAGACACUAAACUAAUGCAGAACAGUGGUAAGACAAAGUUUAAACGAACAAGCAUUGACAGACUGAUGAAUACCCUAGUCCUGUGGAUUUUUGGGUCUCUGGUAUGCUUGGGAAUUAUUCUUGCAAUAGGAAAUUCAGUCUGGGAGAAUGAAGAUGGGGACAAGUUCAGAACUUUCCUCUUCGAGCAAGAAGGCGAGAAGAGUUCCUUGUUCUCAGGAUUCUUAAUGUUCUGGUCGUAUGUUAUCAUCCUCAACACGCUCGUGCCCAUUUCGUUAUACGUGAGUGUGGAAGUAAUCCGUCUGGGACACAGCUAUUUUAUAAACUGGGACCGGAAGAUGUAUUACCCUGCAAAAGCAAUGCCUGCUGAAACCAGGACAACCACACUCAAUGAGGAGCUGGGCCAGAUUGAAUAUAUUUUCUCUGACAAAACAGGAACUCUCACUCAAAACAUCAUGACUUUUAAAAAAUGUUCCAUUAAUGGGAGAAUCUAUGCAGGUGAAGUACCAGAUGACCUGAGCCAGAAGAAAGAAGUAACUGAGAAAAAGGAGCCUGUGGACGUCUCGGGAAAAUCUCAAACAGAAAGAAAAUGCCAUCUCUAUGACAACAAUCUGAUGAAAUCCAUCGAGCUGGGGGACCCCAAAGUGCAUGAAUUCCUUCGCUUACUCGCCCUCUGCCAUACUGUGAUGUCGGAGGAGAACAGUGCAGGACAACUGGUUUACCAAGUUCAAUCACCUGAUGAAGGAGCUCUAGUUACUGCUGCUAAAAAAUUUGGGUUCAUUUUUAAGUCUCGGACCCCAGAGACAAUAACAGUAGAAGAACUGGGAACACCUGUUACUUAUCAGUUACUUGCCUUUUUGGAUUUCAACAACAUCAGGAAAAGGAUGUCUGUUGUAGUUCGAAACCCAGAAGGACAGAUAAAACUUUAUUCCAAAGGAGCAGACACUAUUUUGUUUGAGAAACUCCAUCCUUCCAAUGAACACCUGCUGUCUUUGACAUCAGACCAUCUCAGUGAAUUUGCUGGGGAAGGCCUCCGAACCUUGGCAAUUGCUUAUAGAGAGCUUGAUGACACGUACUUUAGAAUGUGGCAAGAGAUGCUUGAAGAUGCAAACGCUGCCACCAUGGAGAGGGAUGACCGGAUAACUGGGCUGUAUGAAGAAAUUGAAAGAGACUUGAUGCUAUUAGGUGCCACUGCUGUGGAAGAUAAGUUACAAGAAGGUGUUAUUGAAACAAUUACAAGUCUAUCACUAGCAAAUAUUAAGAUCUGGAUUCUCACAGGAGACAAACAAGAAACUGCCAUCAAUAUUGGUUAUGCCUGCAAUGUGCUGACUGAUGCCAUGGAGGCUAUAUUUGUGAUAACGGGGAACACAGCUGUAGAAGUACGAGAAGAACUCAGGAAAGCAAAGGAAAAUUUGCUUGGACAAAACACAAGUUUUUCCAGUAGACACGCAGUUUAUGAAAGUAAGCACCAGUUGGAGUUGGCCUCGGGAGCAGAAGCUGUGACAGGAGAGUAUGCCUUGGUCAUAAAUGGCCACAGUUUGGCCUAUGCCCUAGAAAGUGAUAUUGAGAAUGAUCUUCUGGACCUUGCCUGCCUGUGCAAGACUGUGGUUUGCUGCAGAAUGACCCCACUCCAGAAAGCCCAAGUAGUAGAGUUGGUGAAAAAGCACAGAAACGCUGUGACUUUGGCCAUUGGUGACGGGGCCAACGAUGUCAACAUGAUUAAAAGUGCCCACAUUGGCAUUGGCAUCAGCGGCCAGGAAGGGAUGCAAGCAGUCUUAGCCAGUGACUACGCAUUGGCUCAGUUUAGGUAUCUCCAACGGCUGCUUCUUGUUCACGGAAGGUGGUCCUAUUACAGAAUGUGCAAGUUUCUGUGCUAUUUCUUCUACAAGAACUUUGCGUUCACCCUCGUGCAUUUCUGGUUCGCCUUCUUCUGUGGUUUCUCAGCACAGACUGUUUAUGACCAGUGGUUCAUCACUCUUUUUAACAUUGUCUACACGUCCCUACCCGUUUUAGCCAUGGGAAUUUUUGACCAGGAUGUGAGUGAGCAGAACAGCAUGGACUGUCCUCAGCUCUACGAACCUGGACAACUGAAUCUACUUUUUAACAAGCGGAGAUUUUUCAUCUGUGCGGCACAUGGAAUCUACACCUCGAUAGCCCUUUUCUUCAUUCCGUACGGGGCCUUUUACAAUGUGGUUGGAGAAGAUGGGCAGCACAUUGCUGACUACCAGUCCUUUGCCGUGACCAUGGCCACAUCUUUGGUCAUUGUGGUCAGUGUCCAGAUAGCUUUGGACACGAGUUACUGGACCGUGGUUAAUCACGUCUUCAUCUGGGGCAGUAUCGCCACCUACUUCUCCAUUUUGCUGGCCAUGCACAGCAAUGGCAUCUUUGGGAUCUUCCCACACCAGUUUCCCUUUGUGGGAAAUGCAUGGCACUCCCUGAGCCAGAAGUUCGUCUGGCUUGUGGUUCUCCUGAUAGUGGUGGUGACGAUCAUGCCGGUGGUGGCCUUCAGGUUUCUGAGGAUUUCUUUACAUCCAACCCUGAGUGAUCAGAUCCGCUGGUGGCAGAAGGCUCAGAGAAAGGAAAGGUCCCUACGAAGCAGAAGGCCUCAGAACCGCAAGUUAAGCACCAGAAGAUCCGGAUACGCGUUUGCUCACCAAGAGGGCUACGGAGAGCUCAUCACAUCUGGAAAAAAUAUGCGAGCUAAAGGGCCAGCCACAACAUCAGGGCUGGAAAAGAUCCUUUAUAAUAACCCAAGCUGGAGUGAAAAUUUAUGUAAGAAAACCACAGACACGGUUGGCAGCCUUAGUCACGAUAAGACGGUGAAACUGUGAGUCAAGAUGGACUUGAACCACAAAGCUGCCUUUUCGCCUCAUCUGGGGCUGAGCUUGGGAUGCGCAGGGGCCAAAAGCAGCACAGGUUGUUAGCUCGCUUAACUUAAAUCCAUGGCCUCCAGCUGCCAACCCUGUCAGAUAUUGGUGUGUGCUGUAGGAAACCCGGCCAGAUGGGCGCGAUCCAAUCUGUGAUUCCGUGGACCUGUGCCUCGUGGGACAAGUACAGAUUUUUAUUAACUUAAACACCAGUCAAUCUGACCUUCGAAUGUUCUUUAUGGAAAACGAAAGCUUGUAAAUUAGCAUCUACGUUGGAUGGCUCCUGGGUAUGUAAAAGGGUACACUCCAAUGGUGUGUCUGAACCAGCAAACGCACGGCAACAGAAACGCCAUGCCUGUGAAGAGCUGCCUUUCCCGGAUGGCAGUUGCAGGAUUUAAAGUAUGCACUAUGGUGCUGUAGGAUUGAGAGUCAGUCUCUCUCUAGUUGUGACCUCCACUCGCCGGGACAACAAACCCUUACAUGCCUGAUGAAUGCACAAAAAAAGCCCGUGGGGUUCCCUGGUUUGCAAACAGGGACAAACCAGACCGCGGAGGGGCUGCUACUGAGCUCCGGUUUCUUCGGAAGGUGUUCUGAUUGUCCUGUGUAGGGACAAAAUACACGGGUGCCUCCCCAGACGUCGCCUAAAGUUCCAGUGACUCCGGGGACGGUGCCAGCAGCAAACUGCCUCAUGUCGUACAGGCUGCAGGUGGAACCACCAGGGUGGCAGAGCGCCACCCUUCAUCAAGAGUGUCCCAGACAGCCCGGGGGGCAAAUGCUGCUGACAGAGCCCACUUCCAAGGUUCGAGACUGGAAAGGAAGUGUGUCAAUAGGCUAUCUCUUCCGUUAUUACUCACUCAGAUGUGGGCCACUGAGACUCAGUUCCUGUCAGUGUCUAGCUGUCAUGUGUGUAACUCAGACAUUGAAAUGUACAGAGAAGGCUGAUUUUUAAAAUAGACCUGACAGCCCAAUUUUGGGAUCUAUAGGUGAGGUUUAUUUCCUUUAUAAGGCUCCGUGUUCAAAUUGCUGCCGGCACCCACUUACCUCUGUGAUGGGAAGGUGAUACACCUUUCCCGAGACUGGGUUUCCUCCUCUACAAAACGAGGAUGUACUACCUACCUCAUGUGGUUGAUGACCAUCAAGCACAAACUCUCAAACCAUUAGAAACACAAUUCUUGUAUGAAUGCAUGAGUUAGGCUUUAGCUAGCUCAUCACUAGAACAGCGAGCAAUGGGAAGAGACAUCAGGACCCGUGACAUCAGUAAGGAGUGGGGAUGUCUUCAAGGAAAUGAGUAUGAGAAAAAACAAGUAUAACCAUAGCCCAGGGAGUAGAUUAAUAUGACAGGAAGUAAAAUAAAGUUCUUAAGUUUUCAAAAAACAGCCUUUGGCUCUCUAGGCUCCUUUUUCUGGUUCCCAGUCAGUUGAUGAUAACAAAACUCUUUCACAAAGAGCUUGUAAUCCUUGUGUGGCCUUGAUAGUUUAUGGGCUGGGAUGAUGUUAAUAAGUCAGUGUCCCUGAUCAAUUGGUCUUCAUUUCUAAGUCUCCUUUAAUUUUUCUAAAUGGUACUCAAUGAGAUAAUAUGUAUACAGGAGCCUAAUACCUGGAGCCUUUACCCAUAACAAAUGCUUGUAGCUCUUCCCUUUUUCUAUACAUAUCUACCUAGAAAGAAGGCACGGUUCUCAUGUGUAAUGAUCAGCUUCAGUGCGCUUGCUUCUGUUUCAUAACAAUUUUGAAAAAUGUGGAAACUUCAGUAAAUGUUUUGCCACUGUU